UGGCUGAUCGUCGGUCAAUGACAUUAAGAAAAAAAAUACAAAAUAAAGUUCGUCAACAGACUGGCUGAAAAUAAUCAGUGGUGUUCAGUGAAAAACAAUGGUAGAACUGUCAGUUUUCCCGCGUGUGCUAGUGAUAUGGUGAAAAACACAUAAAUAACAUGUUGGUGUUCGCGAAUUCUGUUUCCUAACAGUUAAUAUUCGCGCGUCGAGCGCGCUGGACCGAUCCGGCAUGUUCAAAAUAUUCAAACGGAAAGGCGGGAAGGCCGAACCCGAGGCGCGACGGAGACUGCCGACCGACACCGCUCCCGAACACACCUCAGUCGACUCUCGGGCGCCCGAGAAUAGCACAACGAACGACUCGCUCAGAAAAGAUGUAGUGAACCUACUCAUACCCGAAACGAAUUACAACCAGAAGUCAGGCGUCGGCGCCAUCUUCGAUCUCAUGGCGGGGAAACGCAAGAAAAACAAAAGAAAAACCGCGCGUGCCGAGUCUUGUCGCGUCAGUCCGCAGAAAGAGACGCCCUGCAAUUUGCAACGAAGCUUGUCCGAUUGCGAUCCGAAGUUGAAGGAUGACGUCGUCGCCAGAAAUACCCCGGCGCGGUCGGACGCUGACGCAGAUCCCGCGGAGUUCGUGAAGGCGCUCGUCCUGCAGAAGUACGCCCGCCCCGAGAAACACGUGUCGCUUGUGUACGUCUCCGACGCGCCCGAUGACUCGGACAAACGCCACGCCGAGGCACUGCUGCGGGAGAUCGCACGCAGCAUAGACUGCACCAUUGAUGAGAUCAAGGACAUGGGAGCGAACGACAGCAAACAUGUCUACGAAACCGUCGACGAUAACAAAACAAACUACAAAACAGAAAUCAAAGGCGAACUGGAGAAGCUUCUGGAAAAAGAAAACGAUAAAGUCAGCUUAGAUUCUAAAGAUGAAGAAUCGCCUGCAUUUAAAAAGAAGUCGAAUUUAAAACUGCCCAAGUCUGAUACUGAAGGUUGCUCAGAUGAUGACAGAUCCGAUUGCGGAAAAAAGCGCGUCACAUUUAGAAAACAUAUUGUUUUUGAUGACGGCGAACAGCAAACUGAUGACGAUAACUCAUCCUUUGAAUCCUUAACUUCAGAGGAAGACGAGGAAUAUCUAGAAGAUUCUCUGCCAGAUAAUGACGAGCUUCUAGGCGGCGUAGUUGUAUCCAGAAACGAGAAUGAAAACAAAACAAUAAUAAACAUUAACGAAACCGAAGAACCAUUGACAAUCAAAGUUGUAGACGAACUUAAAAGAAUAUCUAGUGACAAUAGUGACAGUGGGUUCAUAGAUAGUGAUAAACAGGAUGACGAAACUAGUGUAGUGAAGAGUGAGAGUGAGAGCGAAGUCAGUGAGAGUGAGGAAGAAAUCAUAGAGAUAAUAGAAGAAGAAGAAGAGAUUAGCGUAGAAUUUGACGACACAGAAGAAACAGAAGAUGACACGAAAACCCUAGUAUCUCAAGAAAGCAAGUUCCAGUCGCAAGUGGCGACGCUAGCGGAGCUCGCUGACACUAGGAGCGGCGAAGCGGAGCGGGCGCGGGACCUCAUAGCAGCUUAUAGGAAGGAGAUAGAACAGCGGGACCAGGAGAUCGAACAAUUAAAAUGCUCCUUAGCAUCAGCAUACAAGGAGUCGGAGCUGGUCAGGCAGCGCAGCCGCUCCCUGGAGGAGGAGCUGGGGGCAGCCAGGAGCUGUUCUGCAGACUUGGCUGACCAGCUGCAGAGGAAGAAUGAUGAGUCCGUCCGGCAACUGCGAGCAGAAUUGGAAGACGCGCUCACACGGCGAGCCGAACUCGAGUCGCGGGUGCUCGCGCUAGAGCGAGACCACGAGCGAUUAGAGCAGGAAAGAGCGAUCAGCGAGCAAAAGGCACAGGAGGCUUUAACAGCAGCCGAAGCCAACACAGCGAAAUGGCGCGCAGCACACGAAGCGGCUCGUUCCCAAGCCGCAGCUCGAGCAGAACUCAUGCUGGCAGACUGCGAAUGGAAGAUGAGAGAGCUAGAGAAACGGGCGAGAGAAGAGGAGAAGCAAAAGAAACAGCUGGCAGCAACAGUGGAGGAACUGAAAGCCGCUCCCCCCACCCCCGCCCACCUGGCCGAGCUGACCCAACUCCGAGGUCUCGUCUCCGAGCAGCAGAGAUCAGUGGAAGCCCUCACUCUUCAGCUGCAGAAGGUGGAAACGCGAGAAGAAGCGUUGAAGCUUGAAGUCCACCGGCUAAAGGAGCUUCUAGACAGGGAGAUCAGGAUCAAGGAGGAUAAAGAACAGAGGCAUCAUCAGACAAUCCAACGCCUUGAGCAGCAGCACAGUAAAGCGGUAGAGACUCUCCGCUCAGAACACGCAACGUCCGCCGCGAUGGCUCGAGCUGCUCUCGAGCGUACGCACGCGGAACGCACGCGCGCCGCGCUCGCUCAGUUACGGGCGGAAGCAGAGAAGGAUGGGAAAAAUGCUGAUCGCAAGUUAAGAGAAGUCACUUCUAAGUUUGAGAGUCUCAAAGAAGAAAUGGCGACCAAGCAGUCAGAAUACGAGACCGCCAUAGCCCAAGCCAACAGUAAGGCGGACUGGGACAUCAUGCAGUUACGCCAUCUGUUGGACAAAGCUGACAUGACACACGCCAAGACUGUGGAGAGGCUGCAGGAGAAAUUCGAUCAGGAGAAAGAAUCCCUGAUAGCAGAAUGGUCAGAAAAACUCCGCCUAGUGGAAACCGAGGCGUCCACCGCCGCGGGCGAAGCUAAGAAGCUUCUAGAAGUUACUAGAAGCAGCCUCAUUGCUGAGAAGAACGACUUGCUGAACAAGAUGAGAGACCAACAUCGUCGGGAGAUGGACGAGCAAUGGGAGCAGUUCAUGUCAGACAAGGAGACCUGUCUUGAACGCAUGAAGGCUGAAUGCCGUCAGGAGGGCGAGGAAGACCGGGUUAAGAGGGAGAAGGAGCUAUUGGAGGAAAUCGCGGAAUUGAAAUCACAAAUUCAAUCGAAAAAUGUGGAUUUCGAUACUCUGGCGGACAAGGCGGCCCAGUGCGGUCGCACUCUCGAAGUCACUGAGCAAGAACUCAGAGAGGCACUGUCGAGAGAGAGGGACCUACGAGAGAAGAGAGCAGAUGAUGCGACGAAGAUGAAGCAAAUAGAACGAGCAUCGAAAGACCAGGUUGAACAUCUGCAGAGAAAAUGCGCGUGUUUGAGGAAACUUUUCGACGACAUGCGUACGCGCCUGUCGGCGAAAGAGCGUGUGGCAGAGCAGGAAGCCAAGGCUAAGGAAAAGAGCUGCAUCAGCUGCGGGCCGAGGUGGCUCGGCUCACCAAGAUACUUGUUGAAGAGAGCUCGCCAAAGCUAGAAGCGCGUACGAGGGCGGAUGGCUGCGAAACCGAGAGUUGCAACGAGUCUUUUUUAGCCGCGGCCGCGCCUCGAGCAUGUGAGACGCAACCGAACGCACCUCGGCGCAAGGGAGGAACCCUCCGCACCCCCGAGUUCCCCCGCAAGCGUAUCCUGCCCGAACUAGCGCCACUGCCGCCCGAGGCGCGCCGCUCCGCCGUCGAGAUCCAAAAUGGCCGCCGGCGCGCGCGCAGCGUCGACCUCCCCGCCGUGCAAGUACCCGUGCGCAUCAAGCAGCUCGAGGACAAGACUAGAGAUUAAAAUAGGCAACUAUCGAUAUUUCAUAUACCAGCAGUUCUCGAAAAGUUUGUACAAAAAUUAAGGAAAAAGUUUUUUUUUUUAUUAUUCCUAUUUUGUUACCAAGAUUUUUUUGAUGAAUUGAGAUUUUAAUAAGUUUUAUUUCGUCAUUA